AUGCAUUUAUUCCUCUUCCUUCAAGGCACAUGGUUAAAACAACGUAAAGAACGUGAACCAUCUCCGUCGUCUGUUGUAUCAUCCGCAUCGACUAACAACAACGAUACUUUACCACAACAAGAUACUCCUCGGUAUAAGCUCAAUCAAAGUCUACCUGAUCGUUCACAUGCUUCAUCUCAGGCAUUACCCGAUAUUCCUGAACGUCGUCCACAUUCAUCCCUUCAUGGAAAUGCUCUGCUUCAGCAACAGCAAAAUAAAAUGAAAAAACCGACAACAACAAAAGAACUUUUAGCUAAACAUCCAUGGGAAUACGAUGAUUGGAUGAAUCUAAAUGGUAGCGACGAUGGGAACAAUGAUCAGUACGGAUCAAAAUCAAAAUUUAAUAAAUCUGCGUUAAUAUACCGCCUAAUGCGUUCACGUUUAGAAGCUAAUUUAGCCAAAAGCAUUUCAGCAAAUAAAAGCGUAGCCCGUACAAAGCAACGCCAGCAAUACGUUUUGCAGCAACAAAGAUAA